CGGCCGCUAUUUGAGCGCAGGUCCCGGGCCGAGCGCUCAGAGCGCUUGGAGCCAGCGCGGCGGGGAGAGAGAGGUGCGCAUCCCGCAGAGGCGCUGCGGCCGGCGCACCCCGGAGGCCCCUCGUGGAGCAGGCGGCGGAGGAGAGGCCGAUUGCGGGCCCCCCGCCCUCGCCCCCCUCCCGCCCCGCUGCUGCCACCGCCGCCGCCCCCCUCCCCGCGGCGCCGCGUCUUGAAUGGAAACAUGGCGGUGCCGGCUCGGACCUGCAGCGCCUCUCGGCCCGGCCCCUCGCGCACUGCGCGACCCCGGCCCGGCUGCGGCCCCUGGCCUGGCCCCAGUGCCCGGCGCCUGGGGUCCGGGCCCCCGCGCCUGCUGGUACUGCUGCCACCUCUGCUGCUGCUCCCGCUGCUCGCCGCCCCCGGCGCCUCUGCCUACAGCUUCCCUCAGCAGCACACGAUGCAGCACUGGGCCCGGCGCCUGGAGCAGGAGAUUGAAGGCGUGAUGCGCAUUUUUGGAGGUGUCCAGCAGCUCCGUGAGAUCUACAAGGACAACAGGAACUUGUUUGAGGUGCAGGAGAAUGAGCCCCAGAAACUGGUGGAAAAGGUGGCAGGGGACAUCGAGAACCUGCUGGACAGGAAGGUGCAGGCCCUGAAGAGACUGGCCGAUGCUGCAGAGAACUUCCAGAAAGCCCACCGCUGGCAGGACAGCAUCAAGGAGGAAGACAUCAUGUACUAUGAUGCCAAGGCCGACGCCGAGUUGGACGACCCUGAGAGUGAGGAUGUGGAGAGGGGGUCCAAGGCCAGCACCCUCAGGCUUGACUUCAUGGAGGACCCCAACUUCAAGAACAAGGUCAACUACUCGUAUACGGCUGUGCAGAUCCCCACGGACAUCUACAAAGGCUCCACCGUCAUCCUCAAUGAACUCAACUGGACAGAGGCUCUAGAGAACGUGUUCAUUGAGAACCGCAGACGUGACCCCACAUUGCUGUGGCAGGUGUUUGGAAGUGCCACCGGUGUCACCCGCUACUAUCCGGCCACCCCAUGGCGAGCCCCCAAGAAGAUCGACCUGUAUGAUGUGCGCAGGAGACCCUGGUACAUCCAGGGUGCCUCAUCGCCCAAGGACAUGGUCAUCAUCGUGGAUGUGAGUGGCAGUGUGAGCGGCCUGACCCUGAAGCUAAUGAAGACAUCCGUCUGUGAGAUGCUGGACACGCUAUCUGAUGAUGACUAUGUGAACGUGGCCUCGUUUAACGAGAAGGCACAGCCAGUGUCCUGCUUCACACACCUGGUGCAGGCCAACGUGCGCAACAAGAAGGUGUUCAAGGAAGCUGUGCAGGGCAUGGUGGCCAAGGGCACCACAGGCUACAAGGCCGGCUUUGAGUACGCCUUUGACCAGCUGCAGAACUCCAACAUUACCCGGGCCAAUUGCAACAAGAUGAUCAUGAUGUUCACGGAUGGUGGUGAGGACCGCGUGCAAGACGUCUUUGAGAAGUACAAUUGGCCCAACCGCACGGUACGCGUGUUCACCUUCUCCGUGGGGCAGCACAACUACGACGUCACCCCCCUGCAGUGGAUGGCCUGUGCCAACAAAGGUUACUAUUUUGAGAUCCCUUCCAUCGGAGCCAUCCGCAUCAACACACAGGAAUAUCUAGACGUGUUGGGCAGGCCUAUGGUGCUGGCAGGCAAGGAGGCCAAGCAGGUGCAAUGGACCAACGUGUAUGAGGAUGCGCUGGGACUGGGGCUAGUAGUCACAGGGACCCUCCCUGUCUUCAACCUAACACAAGAUGGCCCUGGAGAGAAGAAGAACCAGCUGAUUCUAGGCGUGAUGGGCAUUGAUGUGGCUCUGAAUGACAUCAAGAGGCUGACUCCCAACUAUACGCUUGGAGCUAAUGGCUAUGUGUUUGCCAUCGACCUGAAUGGCUACGUGUUGCUGCAUCCCAACCUCAAGCCCCAGACCACCAACUUCCGGGAGCCAGUGACUCUGGACUUCCUGGAUGCAGAGCUGGAGGAUGAGAACAAGGAGGAGAUCCGCCGGAGUAUGAUUGACGGCAACAAGGGCCACAAGCAGAUCAGAACGUUGGUCAAGUCCCUGGACGAGAGGUACGUAGAUGAAGUGAUUCGGAACUACACCUGGGUGCCUAUAAGGAGCACCAACUACAGCCUGGGGCUGGUGCUCCCACCUUAUAGCACCUUCUACCUCCAAGCCAACCUCAGUGACCAGAUCCUGCAGGUCAAGUAUUUUGAGUUCCUGCUCCCCAGCAGCUUUGAGUCUGAAGGACAUGUUUUCAUUGCUCCCAGAGAGUAUUGCAAGGACCUGAAUGCCUCGGACAACAACACCGAGUUCCUGAAGAACUUCAUUGAGCUUAUGGAGAAAGUCACUCCGGACUCCAAGCAGUGCAACAACUUCCUGCUCCACAACCUCAUCUUGGAUACAGGCAUCACCCAGCAACUGGUGGAGCGUGUGUGGCGGGAUCAGGAUCUCAACACGUACAGCCUACUGUCUGUGUUCGCUGCCACCGAUGGUGGCAUCACUCGCGUCUUCCCCAAUAAAGCAGCUGAGGACUGGACAGAGAACCCUGAGCCGUUCAAUGCCAGCUUCUACCGCCGCAGCCUGGAUAACCAUGGUUACAUCUUCAAGCCCCCACAGCAGGAUGCCCUGUUGAGGCAGCUGGAACUGGAGAACGACACAGUGGGCAUUCUUGUCAGCACGGCAGUGGAGCUCAGCCUGGGUGGUCGUACCCUGAGGCCAGCAGUGGUGGGCGUCAAGCUGGACCUGGAGGCUUGGGCUGAGAAGUUCAAGGUGCUCGCCAGCAACCGUACCCACCAGGACCAGCCUCAUAAGCAGUGCGGCCCUAGCAGCCACUGUGAAAUGGACUGCGAGGUCAACAAUGAGACUGGGCAGGGAGGCGGGAAGAUACACUCCCAACUCUCCCUGGGCUACUGCUAUGCCGGGGCCUGUAAGGUUGUUGUCCAGCCCCUCUGCUUCUUCUCGACCUCUCAGGACCUCCUCUGUGUCCUCAUUGAUGACGGAGGAUUCCUGGUGCUGUCAAACCAGAACCAUCAGUGGGACCAGGUGGGCAGGUUCUUCAGUGAGGUGGACGCCAACCUGAUGCUGGCCCUCUAUAACAACUCCUUCUACACCCGCAAGGAGUCCUAUGACUACCAGGCAGCCUGUGCACCCCAGCCCCCUGGCAACUUGGGUGCUGCACCCCGAGGAGUGUUUGUGCCCACUAUCGCGGAUUUCCUUAACCUGGCCUGGUGGACUUCUGCUGCUGCCUGGUCAUUGUUCCAGCAGCUUCUGUAUGGCCUCAUCUACCACAGCUGGUUCCAGGCGGACCCCACGGAGGCCGAGGGGAGCCCCGAGGCACGAGAAAGCAGCUGCGUGAUGAAGCAGACCCAGUACUACUUCGGCUCGGUGAACGCCUCCUACAACGCCAUCAUCGACUGCGGAAACUGUUCCAGGCUGUUCCACGCGCAGAGGCUGACCAACACCAACCUUCUCUUCGUGGUGGCCGAGAAGCCGCUGUGCAGCCAGUGCGAGGCUGGCCGGCUGCUGCAGAAGGAGACGCACUGCCCAGCGGACGGCCCGGAGCAAUGUGAGCUGGUGCAGAGACCGCGAUACCGGAGAGGCCCGCACAUCUGCUUCGACUACAACGCGACGGAAGAUACCUCAGACUGCGGCCGUGGAGCCUCCUUCCCGCCGUCGCUGGGCGUCCUGGUGUCGCUGCAGUUGCUGCUCCUCCUGGGCCUGCCGCCGCGGCCGCAGCCCCAAGUCCACUCCCACGCCUCGCGCCGCCCCUGAACGCCCCCGCCCGGCUGCCCCCCUCCCUUCCCUCGCGCGUGCUCCCGCACUGGAGCCUCGGUCCCUUCUCCCUCUCCAAAGGACGUGCGCCUUGGGGUGGGGGAGCCCCAAAGGAGGGGACCACCAUGGGCCUUGGCACUCCAGCCACAUCGGACUGUGGAGUGUCCUCAGAUCCUCCAUCUCCACCAGGUUCUCCCCCAGCGAGCUGGGAGGUGGAAGCCACCUGUACUGGUGCCAAACCAGGCCUCCGCUGCCCACCCUGCCUCAGCUGGACUCCUCUAGCCACCCCCAAACUGGUUUCUCUGACAGUAGAGGGAGAGAGGGAGGACAGAUGGGCAGUUGGUGAGGCCUGGACAUCCCGGCUUAAGUCCUGGCAGGAGAGACGGCCUGAGGCUCCUGUGUCCCUCACCCCCAGCCCUGCAGGUGUGCAACAGUCCCCGUGACAACUGCUUAGACAUAACCCUGCACACACCUGAAUCCCUGAGGGCAGAAACUGGACUCAAAUCAAAACAAACCCUAGAACGAACACACACACACACACACACACACACACACAGAGUACAUCAUAAUUGGGGUGGGUGGGGGCUCACAAAGCCUUACCUAGGGCCAGGGGUUGGUGGGAGGGUGUCACCUGCCUGCACACUCCAUCUCAUCCUUACCGUCCACCCCUAAUCCCAGCUGAAUGUCAAACAGUGCCAAAUGCUAGGGCAGAAGGUAAAGACCCUCUGUCCCACCCCUGCCACCAGUGUUCCCUAAGUGCCCCUUACCCUGCCAGGUGCUCAUUGUAACCGUUUCUCACUAAUUCAUCAGCCCCCAACACAGCCACCAGUCACUGCCUGCCCCCUUGGCAGAGGAACCCCUCACCAUACAUUACCCUUUGCCUUAGCAGGGGUGGCUCAGUCUCUCCUGGCUGGGCCAUCCCACCCCAGACUGGUCCUUCCACACUCAGGCCUGUGCCGAUUCCCCAUCUCCUUCCCCUCACACACGCACGUGUGCACACACACACACACACACACCCUGCCCCCAGGAGGCCAAAUGCCCCUUUCCUGCUGAACACACACCCGAAUUUGCACGUGUGCACACACACAUGCACACACAUAGACACACACACACAUAUACACUCUGUGCACCCACAGAAGCUGGCCCAGGCAUAUCACUUGAUACUGUUCGUUCUGGUCAUUUCCCCCAAAGGCGUCCCAACCUGGGGGCUGUUAGGGGUGGGGGGAGGCCAGGGCACAGGGAUAUGGCCAUGGGGCUUUGAUGGACCGGGAGGAGGGGGGAGGGGGAUACAUUAAUUAAUGGCUCCAUUAAUUAAUGUCAUGUUGCUUGUUGCUUUCUCAGUGUGUGUAUAUGGUCCAUGCCCGCUGCUGGUGUCAGGGUGAGGCAUCCUUAACGUAUGCCACUCCCCGGAUGUCAGCCAUCCCCUGCGGGGGCGUGUGUGUAACUGUAGUGUAGUCAGGUGCUCAAUGGAGAAUAUAAAAACUAAAACGAAACAACAAUAUACAGAAAAUAUAUAUUUUAAGUUUAAAAAAGCAAACAGAAAAACAGACAAAACAAUCCCCAUCAGGUAGUCGUCCAACCCCCAGCUGGGUCCAAUCCUGCUCAUCUCCCACCAACCCAGCUACCCCCUCACCUCAGGCUGGGGGGCUGGGGGGCCAUUUCCUUUUCUCUGCCCCUUUUGUUUUUUUUGUUUUGUUUUGUUUGUUCGAUUUUGUACAGACAAGUCGGAAAAACAACAGCGACAAAAAGUCGAGAAACUUUGUAAAAUA